AUGGCUCGUAAUGAAGAGAAAGCUCAGUCCAUGUUAUAUCGUUUUCGUGAGGCGCAAGCCGCGGAACUUGGCCUCUUAAAACCUAAAGAACGUCGGCCUUACUUAGCAUCCGACUGUACUAACGUAAGAGAGGCAGAAAAAUGGCGACAACAAAUCCUUAGAGAGGUAUCACGCAAAGUGUCAAAAAUACAAGAUGCUGGUCUUUCCGAUUACCAAAUAAGGGACCUCAAUGACGAGAUCAAUAAAUUAAUGCGAGAGAAGGGACAUUGGGAAGAUCAAAUUAAAAAGCUCGGCGGCCCCGAUUAUAGACGAAUAGGACCAAAGAUGAUGGAUCAUGAAGGGAAAGAAGUGCCGGGCAAUCGAGGAUACAAAUAUUUUGGAAGGGCAAAAGAUUUACCAGGUGUAAGAGACUUAUUUGAGCAAGAAGUUCCCGAACCACUUAAGCGUACUAGAUUUGACUUGUACAAAAAUGUCGACGCGGAUUAUUAUGGAUAUCGGGAUGAAGAAGAUGGCACACUAAUAGAUUAUGAACAAGACCAAGAGAAUUUAGCCAUCGAAAAAGCAUCACAAUUACCAGACAAGAUAGAAUUGAAGGAUAAAACAGUUCCAAAAGGAAAAGGAAAAGAACAAAGAAUUCCAAUGGAUGUUGACAAAUCAGACGAAAAAUACGUGUCACAUGUUGCAGUACCUAGUCAAAAAGAAGUAGAAGAAUAUUUGGUUCGAAGACGGAAACGCCAGAUUCUCGAUCGAUAUGUUUCCGAGGAUGUGGAGGAAAUUACAAAAGAAACAAAAUAA